GGCAGACUAAGCUGCUUGCAGUUGCAUUACUGCCGUUGCGGCCAUCACCACCACCACCAUUCCACCAUCCACUGCCUACCAGUUUGCAAAAUUUGUUAUAUAUCUUUCCCCCCUCUCUCUUCCUAUUCCCAUUCCCCAGAAGAACCCUUCCCCUGUUUCCCCUUUCUUACCACUCUCAUCUUCAUUUCUCCAAAAUCAUCGUCGUCUCCCUCUGGUUUCCUCUCUCUUUCCCAAUCCACACGCAAAUGCAUUCCGCAAAGCGCAGCCACAGGUUCUUCAAGUUCAGAAUACCUUCUCCAGCUUCCUCUCUUUCUCUCUCCAUCUAAAACAGAGCCGGAUUAUUACUGUCUCUCUUUCAUCUUCAUCUUCCUUUCAAUUCAAAGCUCAAACCCCACCACCGAAAAAGACAGUGCCCAGAUAACAUCUACCCACAAAAAUUCCCUUCCUUUCUUUCACUUCCGUGUUGGAAUUUUUGUCACUUCCCUCCCCGCUUACCCCACUCAAAGGGAUAUCUGUCUAUUCUCUCUGGUACAAAUCAAAUGGUUGCCAAAACGGAGUACACCCACUUCUCACGUACGGCGGAGUUGGUGGCCGGAUCGGGUUGGAUUCUGCUCCGGAUUGAUUACUCCCGCCUCUUCUGGCUCCUCUUUCGCCACUUCUCCUACGAAAACCACGAGGGGAAGCCGAGGAUCAUUUGAUUUUCAACCCCUCCUUUCCCUUUGGCUCUCUGUUUACUUUCUUCCCUCUGUUUCCUUCCUCGAUUGUAUAAUUACUGCUUUAGUUUCAAAGUUUGAGUCAGCCUUUUCGAGUGCACUGAAAUUAAAAACCAUGAACGGAAAGACAGCAGUGAAGCUCGCCAACGACGGCUCUGCCGCCGAUCAUAGCUACGUGGAGACUGAUCCCACCGGCCGUUAUGGACGAUUCAAUGAAGUACUUGGUAAAGGAGCAAUGAAAAAGGUAUACAAGGCAAUUGAUGAAUUCCUUGGAUUGGAAGUAGCAUGGAACCAGGUCAAACUCAAUGACGUGCUUCGCAGGCCAGACGAUUUGCAGAGGCUCUACUCGGAAGUUCAUCUUCUCAGUACCCUAAACCAUCCUUCCAUUAUUCGCUUCUAUACCUCAUGGAUCGAUACUCGUCAUCGGACUUUCAACUUCAUCACUGAGAUGUUUACCUCUGGGACUCUGAGAGAGUACAGGAGGAAAUACCGGCAAGUGAGCAUGCGAGCUAUAAAGAGAUGGGCUCGGCAAAUCUUACAAGGCCUAGUGUACCUACAUGGCCAUGAUCCUCCAGUAAUUCAUAGAGACCUGAAAUGUGACAACAUUUUUGUAAAUGGUCAUCUUGGACAAGUCAAGAUUGGUGAUUUGGGCCUUGCAGCUGUUCUUCGGGACAGCCAAUCAGCUCACAGUGUAAUAGGCACACCGGAGUUCAUGGCUCCGGAAUUAUAUGAAGAAGAUUACAACGAGCUAGUUGAUGUCUACUCAUUUGGGAUGUGUGUUUUGGAGAUGAUGACAGCUGAAUACCCUUAUAGUGAAUGUGUUAAUCCAGCACAGAUAUACAAGAAAGUGACCUCAGGAAAACUACCAGCAUCAUACUAUAGGCUCGACGACUUUGAAGCACAGAGAUUCAUUGGGAAAUGCUUAGUUGCUGCUUCAAAUAGAGUAUCAGCAAAAGAUCUAUUGUUAGAUCCUUUUCUGGCACCAGAGCCUGUUAUUAAAGGAAUUGAAAGUCCGAAACCUUUCUUGAACACUGGAGAAAUGGAUAAGUUGCAGUUGGAUGAUGAUGACCCACCUAGGACAGAUAUGAAAAUCACAGGGAAACUGAAUCCUGAAGAUGAUACCAUCUUUCUUAAAGUGCAGAUUGUCAACAUAGAUGGUUCUGCUCGGAAUGUGUUCUUUCCGUUUGAUAUACAACAUGAUACUCCGAUGGAUGUUGCAACGGAGAUGGUCAAAGAGCUUGACAUUGUUGAUUGGGAACCAUCUGAAAUUGCUGGAAUGAUUGAUCAAGAGAUUUCAGCUAUGGUGCCAGACUGGGAACUCGCUGAUUAUGAAGGCAAUCAUACACUGGAGCACUGUGACUAUGAUGAUCAUAGUCAUGCUUAUAAAUCUUCCUCUUCAUUUUCAUCUUCCCAGGCAUCAUCAUUCAUGGGCAUAACUCUUGGGCCACAAGAUAACUUGUACUAUGAUGAUGCCAGCUCGCAAAGCUCUUCACAGUCAGGAUCAUCACAUUCCAUCUUAAAUUACACUUGUGUUGAUGAUGAUCACACGAGCACAAGGAGAGAUAAACAUCACAUCAUGUCAAGAACUCACAACUCAACAAGACUUUUUCCAACAGGAAACUCGAAAUCUGAGGGGCAAGCACUCGUUAGAACUGCAUACAGAAAUUGCAUGGCAUUGCUCAAUUCGCAACACCAACACCAACGAGGUCAUAGCUCUGGAGACAGAAAGACCCGCUUGAUGAGGAACCAGUCGCUAGUCGAUGUUCACAGCCAAUUGCUGCACCAGUCAUUAGUGGAAGAGGUUAACAAGAGGCGACUGUUCAAUACAGUUGGAGCAGUUGAAAAUAUCGGUUUCCAGGCACCUCCUCCUGAUGUUUCCGAAAAGCAGUCGAGGAGAAGAAACUGA